GUUGGAGUCGAGUUACGGUGGGUUCUUGGACAUGCAGGCAUUGAAGCAAUUCGAUGGCCGAUCGAGCCGCGAGGAGAGGUGUGAAACAGUUUGUUGGACGACAAAGAGGGAAAUUAAUAUUGAUUGCUGGUACAAUACAUGAUGCCUGAGAACAGAAGAGGUACACAAUCUUUUUCCCAUCUGCAACAUGCUACUACUCUAUCUAAGAACAUUCUCACAAUAUCUAACUGGCUAAUAUCAAGACGACGCAGUCGUCACCGGCGGUACCGACUCGUCAUCGCAAGCAAUAUCCCUGCCCAAGUCGUAUCAUCCAAAGCAUCGACCGCCGUAAACUUCUGUCCAUCCGCAUUCUCGCUACAUGCAGCAAAGCAAUCCUUAGAGCCUUUCUUGAGCACCUGGUCAGCAGCCUCAAAGAAUUCGCCCACCUCUGCUCCCUCCGCUGUCUCGCCUAUAUAAGGGACCACAAAUUGAAGUAAUCCUAAGGCAGCGGGGAUGGCCGAGUUCCAAACGGCACAGACGACUUCGCCAAUUUCGAUGAGGAUCUCGCCCGGCAGCCUCGACGCUACAGGUACAAAAGGCUUGAUCUACGCACGUAGCC